UUUUUUCUUUUUUCAAAUAGUGGUGCACAGGAACCCCUGAAGACGUCAUGUGGAUACUAAAAAAGCUGCUGUCAUGAUUCCAUGCGUGGAUUCUUAUAAUAGAACUACAGCACAGCUGCAGUAGAGAGGGACACUACGUCAUCCCGAGACUUAUUUUGGAUAUUUUUGUUUUUGGCUUGGGAAGACUGCUUGUCCGGGACCACCAUCCAGUUAUCCAUCCAGUCAUCCAUCCAUCCAUCCCGCUCUACGUGACUACCCCCGGCCGCUGGUGGAUGUGCGCGUGAGUGUGGGAGGGGCCCAGAGCCGCCGCGGCUGCACCCCGCCCGUCUCGCCUCAUUUGGACUGCGGGGAUAACGGGCUGCAAGUGGGGAAGAAGAGCCAGCCAUCCAGCCAGCCAGGCAGCCAGGCAGCCAGUCAGCCAGCCAGCCAGCCAGCCAGCCAGCCAGCCAGCCAGCCAGCCCGCCAGCCAGCCAGCGCAUCUUCCUCCUCUUCGGUGCUGCUCUUGCUGAUUUUGCCUCUGCGUCAAAGGUACUGACUGAAGAGCCCGGCCGGCUUUUAGUCAACGGCGCCAUGGAUCGUGAAUAAAAGUCAAGAUGCGCCCGUCCCUCGCCACGGCCGUCCUCCCGGCCAGGACCCGCACGCACAACGCCGUGCCCAAUUUGGCCGUGGGGGGCCGCGAGCACCUCUCGGCCCCGCGGCGGCGCAGCCCCAACCUUCGGCACACCCUCAGCCCGGAGAACCUCCGCAGCCUGGCGGAGAGGGGCGGGGCCUCGCUGGACGCCGUGUCCGUGGUGAGCGGGCCCGUCGGCCUCCCCCGCGCCAACAGCGACACCGACCUGGUGAGCUCGCAGACCAGGUCCUCGCUGACCGCGUCCACCCUGGACUUUACGCUGAACCGGGGCCAGACCCUGGUCAUAUCCUGGGACAUCAAGGAGGAAGUGGACGCCACCGACUGGAUCGGACUCUACCAUAUCGAUGAGACCAGUCCGUCAAACGUGUGGGAUUGUAAGAACCGAGGGGUGAACGGUACCCAGAAGGGGCAGAUCGUUUGGAGGCUGGAGGCCGGGCCCUACUUCAUGGAACCGGAGACCAGGAUCUGCUUCAAGUACUACCACGGAGUGAGCGGAGCUCUGAGAGCAACCACCCCCUGCAUCACUGUGAAGAAUACGGCCGUCCUGGUGGAGGGUCUGGCCGAGCAGGUGGGCGUGGAGCAUCCUCGGAAAUUGAUAAGCUUCACCUUGACAGAUCUGCGUGCCAGCGGCCUGAAGAAAGGCAUGUUCUUCCAUCCCGAUCCGUACCUGAAGAUGUCCAUCCACCCGGGCAAGAGGAGCGUCUUUCCCGUCUUCAGCCACCACGGGCAGGAACGUCGCUCGGCCAUCAUCGCCAACACCGUCAACCCCACUUGGCACGGAGAGAAAUAUACAUUUGUCGCCCUGAUGACAGACAUCCUGUACAUUGAGGUGAAGGACAAGUUUGCUAAAAGUCGGCCCAUCAUCAAGCGCUUCCUGGGGCAGCUGACCAUCCCCGUGCAGCGGCUCAUUGAGAAAAUACCCGGAGUCCAGCCCGUCACGUUUCCCCUGUGCCGCCGUCUGCCCACGGAGCACGUCAGCGGACAGCUGCAGUUUAAGGUUGAACUCACGUCCACCGGACCUGACGGUGCCUCUCCGGAUUCCAUCAUUGGCCUUUCCACCUUCAACGGAGCUCCGGGGACGCCUUCGGACGACGAGGACCUGCCUCAUCACCUUCCGGGAGUGCUUUCGGUAGGAAGCUCCCCCAUCGGAUCGCAGAGUCCUCGGGGUAUCUGGGAAGCCGAGGCGGCGGUGGCGGCGGCGGCGGCGGCCUACCCGGAAAAGCAGCUGCUGCUCGUCCGAGCCGGCGGGGCCAGGUUUUUGGAGGGCCACGGCGAGUUGCUCCAGAGGUCUUUCAGCGAGGGUCUGGAUGCUAUCGAGGCCCCCAAGGGGCCCGGCGAAAGGCCCUUGGGCGCAGCCUCGCCAAAAUUGCGCUCCAGCUUCCCCACGCACACGCGGCUCAGCGCCAUGUUGCACAUCGACUCGGACGAGGAUGACGAGCGCUCCGCUUUCGGAGAACUGCCUCCCAUGUCGUCCCCGCUGCUACUUAACGGGGAUCCUCCGGAUACGAGCGGUCCGGAUGAAGACGUGCCGUCUCCUGGGCUGCGAGCGGUCCUCGAGCCGUCCGGAGACGACGAACCGGAGCGGGCCGGCACUCCGGAGGCGGCCCGGCCGGUCCCCGAGGCCGAACGGGAUGACCUUCUGGAGGCGGAGGUAUUCUCCGAGGCGGAGGAAGCGCCGUUCGCAGAGACCACCUGCCGCCAAGCUUUGCCGGAGGACGGGGAGGCCCUGGAGGUGGGAGGGGGACCCAGCGAGGAGCCUUCUUCCGAGGUGGACACGUGCUCCAUGGCCACAGCCCGGCAGACGGUGGCGUCGUCGUCAGAUAGUUGUCAGGUCACCUUGACCACAGCUGUGGAAGCGGAGAAAGGGGCCGAUGCAGCCAUCGAUCCAGGGGGAGGUGUGAUGGACGCCACCCCCCCGCCGCCGCCGCCACCUCGCAGUCCGCCUGUCCACCAUGAAGAUCGUCCCGAGGCCCAAGGAGAAGCAGCGGCAGCAGGAGCAGCUUCAGCUCGGGCGUCCGAGGAGAUAGGCGAGAGAAAGAUGAGUCUGCAGGCAGCGGGCGCCGUGGCCCAAGAGGCGGACGGCGACCAGUCCAAGCCGCACGACGAGACGGGCUCUGCCAAGUCUGAGCAAGUUAGCGCCGAAACAGACGGGGAGGAAGGAACGCCCGUCAACGGCCAUCCGGUCCGGUCCCUUCCGUCCGUACGGCACGAUAUUCACCGUUACCAGCGAGUGGACGAGCCUCUGCCGCCGAACUGGGAGGCCCGGAUCGACAGUCACGGCAGGAUUUUUUUUGUGGACCACGUGAACAGGACCACAACCUGGCAGAGGCCCACCGGACCCCCCGCGCCGCAGGGUCUGACCCGCUCCAACUCCAUUCAGCAGAUGGAGCAACUCAACCGCAGAUACCAGAGCAUUCGAAGAACCAUAACCAACAGCGAUAGACCAGAGGAAAGCCCUGCUGAGCUGCUCCCGGAACCAGAACCAGAAGCUGAGCUCAUUCCUCACUCCAUUUCCGAAUACAGACGAGACAGUCUGGUGGGUCACUCCAGCGGUCGUUCCCGUCUGUCGUUGCUGCUCCAGUCGCCCAGCGCCAAGUUCCUGUGCAGUCCCGACUUCUUUACUGUGCUGCAUUCUAACCCCAGUGCCUACCGCAUGUUUACGAGCAACACCUGCCUGAAGCACAUGAUCAGCAAGGUGCGCCGAGACGCUCACUACUUUGAGCGCUACCAGCACAACCGAGACCUGGUCACCUUCCUCAACAUGUUCUCCAACAAGCAGCUGGAGCUUCCCCGCGGAUGGGAAAUGAAGCACGACCACACCGGCAAGCCCUUCUUUGUGGAUCACAACUGUCGCUCCACAACCUUCAUCGACCCGCGGCUUCCUCUCCAGAGCUCUCGCUCCACCGGGCUGCUCGCCCACCGCCAGCACCUGAGCCGCCAACGCAGCCACAGCGCCGGCGAGCUCCUUUUGCCGCAGGUGGGCGACGACUCCCGGCAAAGCAACCCGUCCGCCGCGCCGCGACCUUCCAACACCUUCGGCGGGUCCAGUCGCUCCGGCCAGUACCACGAGCCGGUGCCCGUCGCGUACAACGACAAGAUCGUGGCCUUCCUGAGGCAGCCCAACGUCUUUGAGGUGCUGCAGGAAAGACAACCGGAGCUUGCCAGGAACAACUCCCUCAAGGAAAAGGUGCAGUUCAUCCGCAGCGAGGGCGCCGUCGGGCUGGCGCGUCUGUCCGGGGACGCCGACCUGGUCAUGCUGCUCAGUUUAUUUGAAGAGGAGGUGAUGUCCUACGUGCCGCCUUUGCUCCACCCAAAUCACAGCCUGUCCUCGUCUCCUCAGAGUUCCCCGGGCACCCAACGGGCCAACGCGCGCGCUCCCGCGCCCUACAAGCGAGAUUUUGAGGCCAAGCUGAGGAACUUCUAUCGGAAACUGGAGACGAAGGGAUACGGGCAGGGCCCCGGCAAAGUCAAGCUCAUCAUACGGCGGGACCACCUCCUGGAGGACGCCUUCAACCAAAUCAUGUGUUACUCCCGCAAAGACCUGCAGAGGAGUAAACUCUACGUCAGCUUCGUGGGCGAGGACGGGCUGGACUACAGCGGCCCCUCCAGAGAGUUCUUCUUCCUGGUGUCCAGAGAGCUGUUCAACCCUUACUACGGCCUGUUUGAAUACUCGGCCAACGACACGUACACGGUCCAAAUCAGCCCCAUGUCGGCCUUUGUGGACAACCACCACGAAUGGUUUCGUUUUAGCGGGCGCAUUCUGGGCCUGGCCCUGGUCCAUCAGUAUCUGCUGGAUGCCUUCUUCACUCGUCCAUUCUACAAGGGGCUGCUACGCAUACCGUGCGAUCUGAGUGACCUGGAGUUCCUGGACGAGGAGUUCCACCAGAGCUUGCAGUGGAUGAAGGACAACGACAUCGAGGACAUGCUGGAUCUCACGUUCACUGUCAACGAGGAGGUCUUUGGGCAGAUCACCGAGCGAGAGCUGAAGCCCGGCGGGGCCGGCAUCCCCGUGUCGGAGAAGAACAAGAAGGAGUACAUCGAGCGCAUGGUCAAGUGGCGCAUCGAGAGGGGCGUGGCUCAGCAGACGGAGAGCCUGGUGCGAGGCUUCUACGAGGUGGUGGACGUGCGACUGGUGUCGGUGUUUGACGCCAGGGAGCUGGAGCUGGUCAUCGCCGGCACGGCCGAGAUCGACCUGGCGGACUGGAGGAACAACACCGAGUACAGAGGAGGUUACCAUGACAACCACCUAGUGAUCCGCUGGUUCUGGGCAGCUGUGGAGAGGUUCAACAAUGAGCAGAGGCUGCGCCUACUGCAGUUUGUGACGGGCACGUCCAGCAUUCCUUAUGAGGGCUUCGCCUCGCUACGCGGAAGUAACGGACCCCGCCGGUUCUGUGUGGAGAAGUGGGGGAAGAUCACCUCCUUACCCAGAGCGCACACUUGCUUCAAUCGGCUGGACCUGCCGCCCUACCCGUCCUUCUCCAUGCUCUACGAGAAGUUGGUGACGGCCGUGGAGGAGACCAGCACCUUUGGUUUGGAGUGACCCACCCACCCACCCUAACACACACUCACACACACACACACACACACACACACAGUGACACCCCCCCCCCCCCCAGCAGAGAGAGAGAAGAACCCCACAAAGUGCUUUUCCAAAGCGUGGGCACGAUGAUGCGAGCCGCCCUGGUGUAUCUGUUGGAUUGACACCUUCACGGCAGCCAACGACGCCGCCCCUCCAGAGCCAUUUUGCGCAUCGCUCCUCUUUCACAGCAUGGACGAAUGACAAUAUUUCGGGCCUUUGUGCUCCAGGGCAAAGGUGACGCGCUGACAAACACGCAUUUGCUUUGAGACCCAAUCAACAUUUUGCGAGCGUCCCUAUCCCCGUCGGCUAGCCCUGUGUCGUUGACAGCCGCUAGCGCUCGGAGGACCAAAGCGUUUCCUCGAGCCACCGACCUAAGACUGGUGCGACGCCGCUCGCUACUUUUGCCUCGACAGCAUGCCAUGGAACAAACAGACUGUUGCGUCCGCGGCGAAAAGCCCUUUGCUACCGUCGCCGACCAAAAUGUUCCUUCUUUUUCUACGGGGAUGCAUGCAAAAGGGAAACUUGAGUGUGGCCGAGGACGGAGUAGCUAGCUGGCUAACUAACACGGACGGCGGCGGCGUGUGCCGCCAGACGCCGAGGCAAGACUUUUGAAUCCUCCCGUGCAUGUGAGCGCUUCUCGGUGGGCUCCGUGAGCCGUGCCGGGGGCCGCGAGAUCUGCGGCGGCGGCGGCGUGUUCUCGCUCGAUAUCGCAUGCUCGGCUCUUGCAAGACACUGACUGUCCUUACUCGCUUUUUCUGCAUGACGAUAUUGUUAUCAGGAAAAAAACCAAGAUGAAGGAUGAAUUGUUGUUGUUUUUUUUCCAUCGUGGAAAUCACUGCGGUGAGGCCCUCGCGCUCGACCCGACCGACCGAGGCUCGAGAGUAAUAAGGAUGGGGUGCUCCGCUGCUCUUCCGCAAAAGUCACUUUGAAUGAGCUCUGGCAAUGCGCAAUGUAGUUUGAAUGCGUCUCGUCUGGCAUGUUACCACAAAACGUCACUUUCCGCCUAUCUCCAUGGUUGCGGCUCAUCGCCAGUCAGACGGCCAUGAACCGAUAGGGCUGUUUUGAGAAAAGAAUGUAUGUGGACCAUGUGUGCAGUCAUCGUGUUUGUCUCUUAUUUGUACAUAACUGUAAAUGUACAGCAUAUCUGUCCUGUUGUGUGUACAAAUAUAUAUUUUGCACUGAA